UGACAAAACAUACAGAACUCAAUGUUGAAAUUAGACACAUUUAAUCCCUCAAGGUCCAUAUCCAUCUCUCUUCAUAUCACAGUGACAUCUGUGCAUUUUAAAAAUGUUAAAUUGAACUCAGUUGAUAGCAGCUGGAGUGUUUGCAGGUAGAGCUGGAAUCUGAAUCUGUAGAACACAACACAAACAAACCUAGUCUCUUAGUCCUAUCUACUGCCUGCUUAUUAUAGCAGCACUUCUUAUUGCCAGUGGCUAUAAUUAGCUCCUGGGGUAACAUUAAGUCAAGUUUCUUUCAAAACUGACAUCACCAUGAUGGGGGAAAGCGGGGGAAAGCGAAGAGCAGCAAAUUAUAAGGACAACCCUCCUAUUAGAAUUUGCUGAUUCUGGACCAGGCGAAAUGAGAAAGAUGAAGGUAGCACAUUUUGUCUUGUGUCAGUUUUUGGUACAGCUAGCAGUUUCUGACCCUGCUUUUUCAGGUUGUUGGGUCCUUAGCUUUGGAAUAGGGGUUGUGUGCCCUUGAGCUUUGGUGGAAUUUGUAUUUUAGAGUGGAUGAUGUAUUUCAGCGGUGGUAUAGUUUUGAAAGGUGUGUGUUUGCACAUGAGGUAGUUUCCAGGUUGCUAAUAUAUAGACACACAUGUAGAUCUGUUGUGGCUCCUCCUUUAUCUUGAAGCAAGGACAUGUCAUGGUUCACUUUGUAACUUUAUGAAGAGGGAAGGAGAGUAGGCACCUCAGAGGGCUGUGUAGACUUUACCGCAGUUGAUAACAUUUAUGGCUUCCUGGUGUGUAUUUAAAACAGGAUAAGACAUGAAGAGGAAACAAGUGAGGGUGUUUGUUUAGAUGUUCCUACUUCUGCGUUUCUAUUCCCACAGGGAAGAAGAGGAAUUGGAGGGCUUUUUCAUCCUCCAUCAUGUCAUUAUCAAAUGUAGAAGAAGAUCACUCCCAUGCUAAGCUAUGAAAACUGUCUUUCCCUCCCUAUUUGACAAUAGCGGUAAAAGUAAUCUGGAAUCAACAUCACAAUGCAAGGAGCUGGCUCUCAAUAUUUGUGACCCAAGAUUUUGUAAGACUUUGGAAGUUCUGCUGCACACAUCUAUCUUGUAGCUACUUCUGGUGAAUAUGUCUCUGAAAUAUUUAAAACGGAGUUUUUUGGCACUCUGUAUGCUUUCUGUCAUAAUAAUGACAUGGUACAUGACACUGCCUUCUCAUACUGUGAUAGAGCAUACCAACUGGAUGUAUUUCUAUGAAUAUGAACCAGUUUACAAGCAGAAUUUCCUCUUCACACUGCAGGGGGAUUUGAAAUGCAAAGAUACACCUCCAUUUCUGGUCAUCUUGGUGUCUUCACAACCCACAGAUGUGGAGGCAAGGCAGGCUAUUAGAGUAACAUGGGGUUCUAAAAAAUUCUGGAGAGACUAUCAGGUUCUAAUACUGUUUUUAUUAGGACAAGGAGCUGAAAGAGAAGACAGCUUAGAUGUAUUAUCGAUAGACGAUGAAAGCAUUCUGUAUGGUGACAUAAUUCGCCAAGAUUUUAUGGACACUUAUGACAAUCUUACCUUGAAAACAAUCAUGGCAUUCAGAUGGGUGUCUGAGUUUUGUUCAAAUGCUAAAUAUGUUAUGAAAGCUGAUUCUGAUAUUUUCAUCAACACUGGCAACUUAGUUAAAUUUCUUCAAAAUGUAAAUUCUUCAGACAGUUUUUUUACUGGUUACCCUCUAAUUGAUAAUUUUUCCUACAGAGGGUUUUACAGAAAAACAUAUAUUUCUUAUGAUGAAUAUCCAUUUAAGGUAUAUCCUCCAUACUGUAGUGGAAUGGGGUAUAUACUUGAUGGAAAACUGGCUCUGAGAAUUUAUGAAAUGAUGAGUCAUAUCAAACCUAUUAAAUUUGAAGACGUUUAUGUUGGAAUUUGCUUAAAUGUACUAAAGGUGAACCUCUAUAUUCCAGAAGAUACACAACUCUUCUUUUUAUACAAAAUUAACUUUGACAUUUGUAAGUAUAGACAUUUGAUUGCAGUACAUGGUAUAUCUUCAAGUGAAAUAAUCAGAUUUUGGCAUGAUUUGACAGACACUUCACUCAUUUGUCACUGAUCCUAGGUUAAUAUAUAUCUGUCAAAAGCUCACAGCUUUAUCUUGGCCUUUUGAUUUGAGUAACAGUGUAAAAAGUAUCUAAAGUGUGUCUUGUAGAACAAGGAAAUUGAAAUGAGGUUUUAGAAAGGAUCGCUCAGGUUUGUGGGAGUACCCUGAUUACUAGGCACAAUUGAAACAGUAGAUAUCUGUGGAGAGUUUUCAAUAUGGUGUUAUUAAAUUGAGAAUUGACACUUUAUGUAGCACCUUUUUAAUACCAGAAUUGUUUAGAUUAUAUAGUGACAAUACUGUGCUCACUCAUUUUUGAACAAUCUGCAGCAAGUAUGGGGUCAUUCUGCCUGAAUGUCCUACUACUUCCUAGAGAGGAUCUGUCCUAUUAGGAUUUACAGAACUGUAGCAUUCCUCUUUUCUCAAAAAACUGUCACAAAAACCUAGACACUCGGGGAAAAUUCUGUGUGUUUUCCUUCAUAUGGCACCCAUCCGAGUCUAGAUGUCCCCCAUCAACAUGCAAACCAAUCCUCUGCACUGCAUGAAGUUCAAAGUUGCUUGCUUGGGCAACCCCAAUACCACCUUAGAUGUAUUGUACCAAGAUUUUAAAAAUUGGGGCCUAAAGUUAGAGCCCUGUUUUCAUUGAAGUCAGCAGAAAUUUCUAGGAAUUCAGCACUUCAGAAAAAUCAGAUUGCUUUUUAUGUGCCUAUAUAUGUAUUUUACAGAAUUGCUUUGGUGGAUUCAGAUCUCUGAAUUAUUUAAUGUAUACGUAAAUAUACACAUCAGAAUAUUAAAGCAGAAAGCCAGAUGCAGUUAUGGCAGGUCUAUACCAAUGCAAUUUAGUUCAAGUAACUUACUUUCAAGUUGCUCUGCAAUAUAGCACAGUAACAUCUAUAUGCUAAUAGGUCCAUCUCGAGACCUAUCAGAAUUCAUUGAGAAAAUAAACAAUGAGAUUUGCUGUAAAAUGUGUGUUUAAAUGUCUUACAAAUGCUGACAUAAGUUUCCAUUUGCAAAAUGAUCUGUUUGCUUCAGAAUUAAAAAAAAUAUAUUUCUAGCCUUUUUUUCUAACAGGAAUCUUAAAAGAAAAACAAAUGUGAUUUUGUAUGUAGAAGUAGGUAUUUUAUUGUCUUAAUCAUACGAGCAAGACCAUAUUUGCAGUUUAUGCUUCUGGUAGACAAUACAGAAAAUGCAGUUGCAUUAAUACAGUUAUUAUUGGCACAUCUAAACUACAUACCAAAGAUACAACAGUUACAUCCUGUACAUCUACAAUGACAGAGCACUGCCACUUUACUUAUAAUUGUACUAUAGCUUAUGUUAUGAUAUUUACAUUUAAUUUGACUUUCAAAUAGUCUCUUAGAGACAAAUGUAGAAUUAGGUAUAAAAAAACCUCUUAUUACCACCAAGAAUGAGGUUUCAUUGAUAUUCUAAACAUGCGCUGUGAUUAGUGUUGAAUUUUGGUAACUUUACAUCAUGUACUAUUUUACAAUCUUACAGGUUCACUUAAAUAUGAAAGUGGAAUCUUGGUAUCUUAGGGGAGAAAAUUGUGUUCACCACCAUGAACUAUAGACCUCGUAUUUUGAAGUUCAGUCUAGUAGGGCACUCACUGAUUCAGUGCUGAUGGAUAAGUGUGUGUGUUUGUGUGUGUGUGUGUGUGUGUGUGUGUGUGUGUGUAAACUAACUUGUUUAAUGAAAUUCUAAAGAUAGGUAAUAUCGUCUUAUUUAAAUAUGGUGGGUAGGAAGUGCUAUUGUAUUUUUAUAACUAGAAAUUACUGCAAAACUACAAUAACUAAACUUCAGGGAUCCAGUUAUGAUUUGAGUUUCACUGUAAUUAGGUCUUGGAUGGGGAGGAACUUUUUUAACUUUUACAUAUCAUCCAUCUUGUCUUAUGAUUGGUCAUACAUUGAAAAAUGCUCACCUACAAAACCAGCAUUUUAUUUUAAACCUACCAUGACUGGAACAUUUGUUUAUUUUAAAAGUCAUUAAUAUUACUCUUUUGGGAAAAAAAACCCUUUGGCAAUCUUCACAAAGCUGAGGUAAGACAGACUGCUGCAACCAACAAGAAAAUACGAAACAGGUAUGACAACAGGAGAAUAGUAACAUUCUUCAAGCAAGAUUCUUUUGUCCCUAACAUGUUUCUGUGGUCUAGACUGAAAAAAACUGAUAGCAAUCACAAGGUUUUUUCCUCCAGAAAUGUAGAUUUAUACAUCAUUUAUUAAACCUGAAAAUGUAAUUUAAAUAGAUGUUUUAAUUUGAAACGGCCUCUUAGUAACACACACAUUUUUCUGGCUUCCCUGUUUUCAGACAUUUUACUAUAUUUAUUCAUAGACGCAUAAAAAUGUAUAAUACUGCUUGUCAUAUUACUUCAACAGAAAUGUUGGCUAUUUUAAAAACCAAACUAAACCUGAUUGGAAGAAGGGAAUUGAAAAUAAUCUUGUGACUUCACACUAUCAGUCAGAAUUUCAAUAUAGGCUACAACUUGUGUCCAAAAAACUAGGUCCCCUUCACAAAUUAUGUUAAAAAUGAACUGUAAACUUCAUCUUAAAGUAUUUUAUGACCCUGUUUAUAAACAUGCUGGCCUUGCAGAUGAAUCAGGUCAAAAAUCUUCAGGACCAUACAAAUACUCAUAGAAAUAGGCAGUAUUUUCAAAACACCUCAAACAGGGUUUGGUGUUUAGAGUUUUUUUUCUAGUGUAUAGAAAAUAGCAUUCACAAUGUAAAAUUAAUACUAACUGUAUCACCUGUGUAGUCUUCCAGUAAUGUUUGCACAUUGAAGUAUUUAUACAUUUUUCCUGGGAUUAAUUGCAUACUUUCAUAUACAAAAGGUAAAUACUUAAACUGAGUGGUUGUGUCUAGAUUGCACCCCUUUUCCGUAAAAGGGAUGCAAA